AUGAGCGACGACCGUAUACUCAAAAGCGUCCACAACACCUCCUCGUCGCUUGGAUUUCCGUCUGUGGCAAGCGCCUGGCAGGCGGGCAAACUGAGCAUGCCCCGAAACCCUGACCAAGUGGAUGGGGCGCCAUACGCUUCCGUCGCGCCGCACCACGUGCAACCGGGGUCGACUUCAACAGAUGCCUCCUUGGCUGGCCCAGCGUCCAAGCGACCCCGCGUGGAGGAAGUCCUGCAGCAGCAUGCUCCUCGAGAGCAGCUUCUGGUCUCAGAGCUGAUGGGCUGGCGCAGCAGCAGCCAGGAGCCGCUGUCAACCCUGGGCACCGGAGCGGUAUCGAAUGGGUCAACUGACUUUCGGGCGCUGUUUGCUAGGCCGCCAGCUCAACAGCAGCCAAGCUUCCAACGAGCUCCUAGCGCUGCGACGACAGGGCUGCGCACGUUUGCAGACGUGGCUUCCCGCCCGGCUGCAGCAUCGGAGGAUUUUGGGCGGCAGGAGGUG